CGGUGGAGACCGAGCGUUCAGUGGAGAGAAAAUCGGAAUAACUUUGAAGAGGAUGCCUGAGGACGGGGAUUUGGUCCCAAAUCCGUGGUCAUGACUCUCCAAGGGAUGAGUAGAAGAAUCAUUCGUAUCCCAGUGUGAGGCCAGAGCUCAAGACGGGGUCGGAAGUGGUCCCCAAAAGACUCUGAAGGGAGAAGCAAAAUUCCAUGGAGGCCGUUCAAAGGGGUCCGAAAACGUCGGAUUUUCAAAGGCAUUUUCCUCAAACGACAUAUGAACAGUGUUAGUCAAGGCCCACUUUUGCAAUCGCGUGACACUUGCCGAAGCCAAGAUUGAUGAAUUGAGGCUUGAUCGAGUCAAGAACUAAGGAAUGUGAAAUAUGUGAAGCGCCUGGUGAACUCCCCAUCCAACUCUCGUUAUGUCUGUCCGUCCGUCCAUUCAAGUUUAACUCGGGAAAGGCUCAUGUGUUUAUCCCAUGCUCACUGAUCCACAUACGUUCCUAAAUGCCAGUCUAAGUGGCACUCAUUGGAACACAAGAGGUCUCCAGGUGCAGAUUUCGAGGCUUGCUUAACCAUCUGGGAACUCUUCAAAAGCACAAGUUUGAGAUUAUUCUGCCAAAUAACCCAGGAUGGAGUAGUAGUAGAAGAAGUACUGUAGUAGUCUGUCGGAGUUGGCAUAAGAAGUGGCUGUCAGUGGGGUUUCCACUUUGCCAAAUCCAAGGGCUUCCAACCCUCGACGAGGAACACGAAAGCAAGCAGCUUGAGUCUAAAGUGAACUUGGAAGUGAAGAGAUCAUAACGUCAAUAGGAUGGUUCUUCAAUCUCUGACGAUUGUCAACUCAGCUGGUGGGGAUGUGCGGCUUCAAAGGAUGCUCAGGGGCUGUUAGGUGCCAAAUUAUGGCCUUCAAUCUCCCGCUAUGGAUUCUCGUACUUCUCACCAUCCCGAGAUCCAUGGUGACCAACGCCAUCAAAGCCACCACACCAGGAAGAAAAACCAAUGGCUGUGCCUUACUCCCCAAUCAACACAGUCAAAGUGGCUUCAAUCGAUAUCAACAACGAAAAAUGGAGCUGCGUGUAGGCGUGAUUUAUACUCAGGAGGAAUUCGCUCAAGGAUUUCGAAAACAGGCGUUUGUGGCGGCCUCGCGGCUGUUAAAUCAGAACUCUGACGAUUUCUGUCUGCAGCUCGACGAUAUCCUCGUUCAAAACUUAAGCAGCUUCCAUCUCUCGAAAUCUGUUUGCUCUAGCCUUGAGACCAAUGGAUAUCAUGCUCUCAUUGGACCAAAUAGCGAGGAACUCAGCCCUCAUGCCAAAUCCAUCUGCAACGCCAUUGAUAUUCCCUACUUGGAAAUGGUUCCGGAUAGCUCAAGUCGUCUAAUGAUUCGUGACAGUGGACAAUUCUCGCUCAAUGCUCAUCCCAAGCUGGAAGAUAUUCAUGCUGCUCUCCGAGAUUUCCUCGUCUUUGCUAAUUGGACCCGAGUGGCCCUUGUGUAUACCGAGGAGACUGCCAAGCGAUCCCUAUUGCUCCAAGACUUGCUUCUGAGUCAGGGCUUUCAGUGUUUGAGUCUGCGAAUUUCGCUGAAUAUGGACAGGAACGUCAUCCAGCUCUUGAAACAAAAGGACUUUCAUAAUGUCCUCAUCGACAUCCCCGAUCCUGACAUCUAUUUGCCCAAAUUCUUCCAAGUGUGCCACGAUAUUGGCUGGUAUGGCGAAGGUCGGAACUUCUUCUUGAGCACCUUGGAAUUCAAUGAGCUCACUACACCCAAUCCACCCAAAGUGUUCAACAAGCACUACAACAAAGUAUAUCCUCACUGGAAGAGCUUUUCCUUCUUCCGGAUCCACAACCGCGAUCUACCCGGAUCUAUGGACUUUGCAGAUGCCAUGAGUGCCAUGCAUCUGCUCCAAAGGCAACGCCUGCUUCGAAGCCGGAACCACGACGAAAGAGGACACAAGACACAUAACAGAGAGCAAUCAGAUGAGGAGGCCUUUCCAUUCAUAACAAAAGUGAAGCAAGAUAAGCGCGUUCCCUAUUGGACCAACGGUGAGGGAAGCAAAUUCGGGACCUUUAGCGGUAACAACAACAACAACAACAACAGCAUCAACAACAACGACAACAAAAGCAGUGCUGGGGCUUCAUCCUCGAUUACGAACCAAUCUACCGAAUCAAGCUCGCCUUCCACGAUAAUCUUCGAGGCAGUCGACAUCGGAAAUCAUGUGGCAUACGAAGCUGCGAUCAUCUACGAUAGCCUGCUUAUACUUUUGAACACGGUCCAAGCGCUGAACUACCAAUACGCGCCUCUGCUCCUCCUUCUCACCCCCGAACACCAGUCGGUGCCCAGUCAUCAUAACCAUAAUGAGGAUCCUUUGGGGCGGAAGGUCGGCGCUAAUGCUCACUAUCGCCAAGGUCCCGAUGCCUAUGAUGGUGAUGAUGAUGGUGAAGGGGCCGCUACCAGACACCCGGAGAGCGAACCACAACGGAACAGGCCCCCCGGCAAUGACAAGGUGUCGUGCAAGAGCGAAAAGCCGUGGCUUUAUGGGCCCACAUUUUACAAUUAUCUAAAUGCUGUUCAGGUGGAAGGAAUGACGGGCAAGCUUUCAUUCAAGGGAGGGCGAAGAUCCAGUUUGAAUUUGGAACUGAUGCGAUAUUCCCGUCACAACGAGGUCAUCUCGAAAAUCGGUCAUUGGUCCACGACCACUGGCCUCUCCGUCCUAAAUAGGUCAUUAAUCCAGACCAACGAAAGCGAUGAGGUCAUCUUGACCGUCGUCACCCGAGAAGAGCGACCUUAUGUCAUGAUCAACAAGUCUUUAAAAGGCAAUGAUGCAUUCGAUGGCUUCGCUAUCGAUUUACUCAAGGCCAUUUCAGAUGUGGUUGGAUUCAAAUUCCGACUCUACACCGUGCCUGAUAAUCUUUAUGGGGUGUACAAUCAUGAAACGGCCGAGUGGAAUGGAAUCGUCCGACAGUUAACAGAUAAGCGAGCGGACUUGGCGGUGGCCUCCAUGACCAUCAACUAUGCUCGAGAAACGGUGAUAGACUUCACGAAGCCAUUCAUGAAUCUAGGCAUCAGUAUUCUCUUUAAGGCGCCUAAAGACCCGGCCACGGAAUUAUUCUCUUUCAUGAACCCAUUGGCACUGGAAAUUUGGCUCUACAUGCUCUUGGCCUACAUCCUCGUGUCUAUCACCAUCUGGAUUGUGGCUCGAUUCUCGCCAUACGAAUGGGCUCACCCUCAUCCUUGCAUCGAUACGGGGCUCGUCUUCCAGAAUGAUUUCACCCUUCCCAAUAGUUUCUGGUUUGCCAUCGGAACUCUCAUGCAACAAGGAUCCGACUUGAACCCGAAAGCGGCUUCCACACGGAUUGUGGGCGGCAUCUGGUGGUUCUUCACACUCAUCAUUAUCUCAUCGUACACGGCCAAUCUGGCAGCCUUCCUCACCGUGGAGCGAAUGGCCACGCCCAUCGAAUCGGCCGAGGAUCUAGCUGAUCAGAGUGAUAUCAAGUAUGGCACACUGGUGGGGGGAUCCACCAUGACUUUCUUUCGGGAUUCCAAAAUCGAGACAUAUCAAAAGAUGUGGCGUUACAUGGAGAGCAAUGAUCCUGACACGUUCACCCAUUCCUAUGAAGAGGGCGUGGAACGCGUGCUGAGAGGAAACUACGCGUUUUUGUGCGAGUCCACUAUGCUGGACUAUCUUUUGCAACGGAAUUGCAAUCUCACACAAAUCGGAGGACUCCUAGACAACAAAGGCUAUGGAAUCGCAACGCCCAUCGGGUCCAAGUGGAAAGAUAAGAUAUCUCAGGCCGUCCUUUUCCUUCAAGAAAAAGGUGUGAUACAAAUGUACUACGAUAAAUGGUGGAAGAACCACGGACCUCAAGCUGGUCGCGAGUGCAAGAAGAAGAAAUUGAACGAUCAAGCGCAAGCCAAUGCAUUGGGUGUGGUCAACAUCGGAGGCAUCUUUGUCGUGCUUCUCUGUGGUCUAGCUUUCGCUGUGAUAGUGGCUAUAAUCGAAUUUUGUUGGAGAACCAAACACCAUCGUCACAAACAGCGAUCAGAGGGCGUUGGAACAACGUCAUUUGGAGGAGGUGCGAGACGAGGACGAAGGACCUCUGGAUCGGGAUUUGGCGGUGACGUACCCUCGACACGUGUAACUGGUGUGAGUGGCCACGGACAGAGCCUCUUCAUGGAGAUGCUUCACAAUUUGGCACCCUUCCUUUUUGGCACGAACGAUUCCAAGGACCAUCCACCUAAUGAGGCCGACGAACUUGGACAUGAAUUUGGCCCGAGUGGAGGGGGACAUCUGACCGUCAAUCACCAGGAUCGCCCCCACAGCCAGAACAAUCGUGACCUACAAUACAUCGAGCAGUCACGGCUGACCACGUGCUCAUUGAUAAGGGAGCAGAAUAACUUGUGAAAUAAAGGGUUCUCAUUGGCA